AUGGCGACGCCACCGAUGGCACCGCCGAGCAUGGAGGGCACUCCGCCGCCCAUGGCAGUACAGCCACCGGGCACGGACAUGACCGGAAUAUGCUUCAAGGACCAGCUAUGGCUGAACUCGUAUCCUCUCGAUCGCAAUUUGGUCUUCGAUUACUUCGCUAUCUCUCCUUUCUACGACUGGACCUGCAACAAUGAACAGCUUCGUCAACGCUCCAUUCACCCCCUCGACCCCUCUCACCUCUCGAAAAUGACAGGUACUGAAUACUCGCUGAAUGAAGUAAUGGAGCCACACCUUUUUGUUUUCCGCAAGCAAAAGAGGGAUGGUCCGGAGAAAGUUACGCCGAUGCUGACUUAUUAUGUCUUGGAUGGUACAAUUUACCAAGCACCACAGCUUUGCAAUGUUUUUGCAGCUCGAAUUGGACGUGCUCUCUACUAUAUAUCUAAGGCUUUUACCACUGCUGCCUCGAAGCUGGAAAAGAUUGGAUACGUUGAUUCUGAAAAUGAGACUGCAGCCUUUGAAUCAAAGGUUACCAAAGAGACAAUUGACUUUAAGGAAGUAAAGCGAGUAGACCAUAUUCUUCAAUCCUUACAGCGCAAGCUACCACCAGCCCCACCACCACCGCCAUUUCCAGAAGGCUAUGUUCCCACUCCCACUGCAGAAGCUGAGAACGGCCCUGAAACCCAGCAAGCUGGAGAGCCCCAACAACCUCAGAUGGAUCCUAUCAUUGAUCAAGGCCCGGCUAAAAGAAUGAAAUUUUAG